GUGAUAUUCGCUCUCUCUCUCCCUCGCUUUCAGCUUUAGCCUUCACACCCUACUGGCAUCUCAAGAAUGGCAUCUCGAGGAUCUGGAAGCGCUACAGCUCUACGACGAUUAAUGACGGAGUACAAGCAACUUACUGCAGGAGGUUCGGUUGUACAGUCGUUGUCUGGCUGAUGCUGAGGUGUUUGAGAUACUCAGGAGCUCCUGAUGGCAUGUUCACUGCUGGACCGAUAUCUGAAUCCGACUUCUUCACAUGGGAAGCUCUUAUUUGUGGGCCGAAGGAUACUCCCUUCGAAGGAGGGGUGUUUUCAGCGAUCCUUACAUUUCCCACCGAUUACCCAUUAUCACCGUUCAAGAUGAAGUUUGAUCCUCCUCUAUUCCAUCCCAACAUCUAUCCCGAUGGCAACGUAUGCAUCUCGAUCCUUCACACACCUGGCGACGAUCCGACUAUGUAUGAACAAGCAUCAGAGAGAUGGAGUCCAGUUCAGAGCGUUGAGAAGGUGAUACUCAGUGUCAUCUCGAUGUUGGCUGAACCAAACCUGGAAAGUGGGGCAAACAUCGAUUGCUGUAAAAUGUAUCGGGAUAAUCGACCAGAAUAUGAGAGAAUCGUGAGAGAGUCAAUCAAACAACAGCUUGGGUUGUGA